UCUUUGCCCACUCCUGACAUAACGAUGAUGGACGAACAAGAAGGUUAUACUCCCUUUGAGCAAUCUUCACCCGAGUACGGAAUGGAAUAUGAGGAUCAGGUGAACUACAUGGAUCCCGUCUCCGUCGAGCCUCAUGAAUAUCCGUUCUCGUUCUCCGAUUAUGAAAACGAUUCCGAAACGGAAAAAGAAAAACCGGUGAUUCUCCGGGAAUCAGCCGAGAAAAUUGAAGUUGAAGUGCAUCCUUCGUCCUCCGGGAUCGACAAAAACCUACAACAGGACACCGAGGAUGUUGAAAGUCUUGUCGAACAACCACAAGAGGCUAUCGCAGUCGAGGAACCGCAAGAGCCGACUUCGGUCGAGAAGUCGCAAGAGCGGGAUGGUGCACGCGAGGAGACACCCGCGCCCACCUCAUAUGGCUUCAGCGUUUUUGGGGCUAUCC